CACAGGGGAGGGCACGCCCUGAUGUGGCCCUCAUCCUAAUCUCUCUCUUCUCUUACAGGUUUGACAAGCUGGUGUAUGUAGGGUUAAAUGACGACCGUGACUCUCAGCUGAGGGUCCUGGAAGCCAUAACACGUAGGUUCUCUCUGGACCCCGCUGUGGAUCUCUCUCAUGUCUUACAAUACUGUCCUGCUGCUUUAACUGGGGCCGAUCUUUACGCCUUGUGCGCCGACGCCAUGAUGAGCGCCAUCAAAGAGAAGGUCGAAAUCCUUCAGGAAGGUGCGGAUGAAGCGGUGGCGGGGCUCGUCCUUCGUGCAGAGCAUUUGGUACAGGCAGCGGAGCGUCUCCUGCCGUCAGUGUCACAGCCAGAGCUGCAGCGAUACCAGCGGAUCCACUUCCAGUUCUCUGCGUCCACCGCCGAUGUGUAAUGUAAGGCAGAGAUGAUGCCAAAUAAAGAUGGUGGCGCCCUGCGCAAAUCACGUCUCUGUCAGCUGUAACGGCG